AACAGUUAAUGGCUGAAUCCCAAAUGACUCCGUGCUCCCUUAUUAGUGUCGCUCGGUAGUGAGUGACAUAAUGGUGUAGGGACCCUAUGUAGUGCACUAUGUAGUGAAACUGCAGCGGUUUGGGAUUCUGUUUCAGUAUAAACGUGUGAUGUCGCUGUGGCUAAAACGGUCAAUAUUAGUUUUAUUGUUAAUUAACAUUUAAUAUAUAACAUGUUUAAAUAGCUACUAGAUUUUAUUUUAGUGAUUUAAAUGAUUUACAAUCAAUGUUAAUAAAAGAGGCAGUAUUUUAUUUUCUGUAUAAAAGAAUACAGAUUUUAUUAUUGUUUUAUUUUUGAUUUAAUUGUUUAAACUUAAAUAAAGUUCCUCAAAAGCUCAAGUGAAACAGAAAGAAGACCAAAUAAAUAAAUAAAGUCUGAUAAAAAUAGCUAGGAGUGAUUUUUUUAUAAUCUAAAGCACUUUGUGGUUGUGUGUGUGUAUAUAUAUAAAAUAUAAUAUACAUAUAUAUAAUAUCAGUGUGUCUGAGUGAUGAUACCAUGCACAUUUAUGUUGUAAUAAAUCUCAUAUAUUAAUCAUCUGCUACACAGAAUCAUGUUAUUUAAGAAUCGUUAUAUUUAAGGUCAUCAAUUGUAGUUAAAGGAUCUGUAGUAGUUGAUUUAAAUGAUGCGUUAAGGUUAAGUCUAAUAAUGAACACCGUGACCUUGAUCAAAAAGGUCAUGAGGAACUGAUUGGGCUUUGGUCAUUGAUGAUGUGUUCGGUUCACCGCGCUCCUACCCCUAUCAGGGGUGAUACUGACCUUGUAGAACCUGGACGAGGUACAUAGUGAUGCCCUGCUCAGUGCUUCUCAGACCUAAUAAAGAGACACCUCACAGUAAUGUCCAUGUGGAUGAAGAUCUUCUGAGCAGAUCCCAACGUUCUGAAUGGUGAGACAUCAACAAGCUGAAUUGUUCGACUUUAAAUGAAAUCCGUUUAGUUAUUGUGGUGGUAUGGCUGGAUUCAGUUUGCUGGUGAUUCCAGUGUUCUGCUUAUGCUUUGAUUUCCCUUCAUAGACAUCACAAGACUUUAGGCCUCAUCAUGGAAUCCACAGAGGUCCGACUGUGCUACUCCCCAAGACCUCCACAAGCUCCUGCUGGCUCACAGCUUUGUGAAGAUGUGCAGACAGAAACCUGUAAUGAUUCAGACGGAGGGACAUCAGGCACUGUGGGACACAUCAACGAUGAGGACCAUAAAAAACAUAUAAAAAAGGAAGAAGCAGAAGAGGAAGGCUACGUCUGUGACGCACCAUCAUGUCCUGUGGGAUGCAUCACACCUGUGGCUGACGACAUACAAGUAAAAAAGGAAGAACCUGACGAUGAAGACUCUCUCUGUGGAGAAGCAUCCGGCUCAGUGGAAACCAUGGAGCAGCACAACAGAGGAUUUCAAAUGAAGUGUGUAAAAGUGGAAGAGUCUGAUGAUGAAGAUUACCUCUGUACAACUACAGUCUGUGAAAUGAACGAUGCCCAGUUUCAAGUCUUCUCCUGCUCCUGCUGUUCUCUUUCCUAUACGUCUCAAAUUUACCUCCACAAACACAUCAGAAGACACCACUAUGAGGAAUAUGACCGCUUGCUAAAACUGGGAGAGAUCAAAGAUGAGAAUCUUCUGACCGCAGGAGGCUCCGGUACUCAGGAUCCGGUCUCUGGUACAGACAGCAGGAACUCCUCUGAUCAGCGAAUGCAUAAGGAAGUCUAUUUGUGCUCGGAGUGUGGGAGGAGUUUUACAGAUCAGAGUAAUCUGCGACGUCACCAGCGCAUUCACACAGGAGAGAAGCCACAUCACUGUCUGCAGUGUGGAAAGAACUUCAUUCGACAGAGUGAUCUCCAGAUACACCAGCGUGGUCACACAGGAGAGCGGCCAUAUCACUGCUCACAGUGUGGGAAGAGUUUCACAACCAAAGGCAAUCUCCAGAUACACCGCUCAGUUCACACAGGAGAGAAGCCCUACAAUUGCCCAGAGUGUGGCAAGAGUUUUGCCCAGCAGGGUAAUCUCCAACGGCACCAGCGCAUUCACAAUGGAGAGAAGCCCUAUCACUGCUCACAGUGUGGGAAGAGUUUUAACCAACAAAGUACUCUUAAAGCACACCAGUUUAUUCACACAGGACAGAAACCGUUUCACUGUUCUGAGUGUGGGAAGAGUUUUGCCCAACACAGUAAGCUCCAAAGACACCAGCACAUCCACAAAGGGAAAAAAACUCGUCACUGCUUCCAGUGUGGAGAGAGUUUUAUGACCAAGGACGGUCUCGUACAACACCAGUGCGUUCGCUUAGCUGAGUCAAUGUUUCAGUGCGUACAGUGUGGACAAGGAUUUACUAAUUCAGGAGCUUUUAACAUGCACAAGUGCUCCAACGUGGAACCAUCGCUUUAGUGUACAACCUUCAAUCAAUUGAUUCUGCUCCCUGAAAAACUGACCUAAUACUAUUUAUGAUCAUUUGUUGUUUAUAUGAAUGACAUAAUCACUAUAUUGUCAAAAAGCUUCUCAUGUCUGACACCAUCCUUACACUCACUUAGUCCGUUAAUGGGAAGAAGAGAAAAUUAAAAGAUGGGUUGGCCUGACUUUACUGAUGUUUUUAUUUUCUGUGUGUGUUGGGUGUGUUGUGUGUGUGUGUGUGUGAGGGCGGGGGGAUUAAUCAGUCUCUUCUGUGUACUGAUACAGUUAACACACUUACAGUAACAGGAUGCUCCAGCAGGUGGCGCUGUGAACAUUUAAUCCCCUAUACAAACAACAGAAGAAGAGCUGCUGCUAAUAGAUUAGCUUUCUCACUGAGGUAAUCACUACAGUGACAGUGUAACUGUGGGGUUUAUAGUAAUGGAUCAGGUAGACUUCAAAUAAAGCUUGUUAUUGUGUGUGUGUGUGUGUGUGUGUGUUUGAGGAUGUUCACUGCGUCCUACUUUAAAACCAGAGGGUCACAAUCCUGUAGAACUCAUAAUAAUGGAAUCAGCGGAGAUCCAACUUUGCUCUUCUGGAAAACAUCCAUGGUGUUCUGCAGACUCACAUGUAACAGUUAGCCAUGUCUGUUUUUUUGUGUAUUUGUAAUUUUGAGUUCAUCUGUAAAUCAAACAAAGAGUAAACCCUACUUAGAGAACCUGUCUUCAGAUCCUUAAAUAAUAUAAUUAAAGGGUUUUGUCCUUUAAGACUUUUAGUCUGCUAGCAGAUUAUUUGCUCACAUACUGACCUACUCAAAUAUACAUUUUAAGCCUAAGUUUCACAUUGCUACUCCGCUACUCCUAAUUUCACAUUCCUCUGUAAGACCACUUUACCUCUGUAGGUGCAGCACGUCAGUGAUCUGAAGGAAAAGAUAGAAACAUUUUCCCUGUUUGAGCUUAAGUAAGGGGACAUUCAUUUUCUCUAACACAAGAAACUUAUUUCCCAGAAGACACUUCCUUCAGUAUCAUGUGUGGUUGAUCUGUAUGUAUUUCCUCUGUACCCCACAUGAGCUCAGGCUGUGGUGCUGUCACUAAUCUUAAUUAUGAUCAGAA